AUGGCGGACAAACCACCCAACCACAAAAUCAAGAACAAAAAGCAAAAGCACCAGCACCCAAACAAUCAGACGCCCAAAAUCUCUCCCGAUCUCUCCUUUAAGCCAUCCUCCGACGUCAAGGGCCUCCGAUUUGGGGGCCAAUUCGUCGUCAAAUCCUUCACGAUCCGUCGCGCGCCGCAUCCGGAGCUCCUCCGCCUCCUCUCCCUUCCGCCGGCGCCGCUUCCGGCCUUCUCCUCCGCCGCCGCGUUUCUCCCGACUAAUUUCACGAUCCUCGCGCACCACGCGUGGCACACGCUCACGCUGGGCCUGGGCACGCGGAAGUCGAAGGUGGUGCUGUUCGUGUUCGGGUCGGAGGGGCUGAGGGCGGCGGUGGAGCGGACGUGGCCGGCGGAGAUGCCGCUCGGAGAGGUGAACCGGAAGCUGAUCCGUGGGAUGGUCGGUUGCGAGAUGGCGCGAUUCAAGUUCCGGAAGGGGUGUAUCACGUUCUACGUGUACGCCGUCAGGAGGCGCGGCGAAUCCGGGUUCGGGUGCGCCGAAGAUCUGAGGGCGAUUUUGGAGGCGGUGGCGGCGCUGAAGGAUUUCCUCGACCACACGGCGAUGCUCGCGAUGCCUAACCAGAGGAGUAUAAACUACGCGCCGCCGGUGGCAGUAGCUCAUUAA